UGACUCCCCUUCUCUCCUGUCUCCUCCUCCCUCCCUCCACGGGGGAACCACCGCGCGACUUGGCUUCUUCUCGGCACGAGUGGCGGGUCGCCCUCGCCUUAUUAGCGCCUCCUCCGCGACCGCGUGCCUCUUCUCCCGUCUCCUGCGCUGCGCGCCCUCGCCUCGGCUCUCUCUCUCUCUCUCUCUCUCUCUCUCUCUCUCUCUCUCUCUCUCUCUCUCUUCCUGUAACCGCCCGCUGGUUCUCACACGCUACGCAACCCGGAAACUUCCAGAAGCCAAGCCAAGCCACCACCUUUCUUCCUUCCGUUGUUUCUCUCAAUCCUUCUCUCUCUCUCUCUCGCCGCGCCGGCCGGACAGGGGCGCGACGGUGUCGCCCGGCCAGAUCUGCUCGGGCGGCGGCGGCGGCGGCGGCGCCAUGGCCGCCGAGCAGGCCGCCGCCGCAGCAGCCACGGGGGGCGAGCCGCCUCCGGCCACGCCGCAGCCGGCGGAUGGCGUGGCCCCGUCGGCGGCGGCGGGGGCCGCGGUGCAGAGGUCCGUGCCCACCCCGUUCCUCACCAAGACGUACCAGCUGGUGGACGACCCGGCGGUCGACGACGUCAUCUCGUGGAACGACGACGGCUCCGCCUUCGUCGUGUGGCGCCCCGCCGAGUUCGCGCGCGACCUCCUCCCCAAGUACUUCAAGCACAACAACUUCUCCAGCUUCGUGCGGCAGCUCAACACCUACGGGUUCAGGAAGAUCGUGCCGGACCGGUGGGAGUUCGCCAACGACUGCUUCCGGCGUGGGGAGAAGCGGCUGCUCUGCGACAUCCACCGCCGGAAGGUGACGCCGGCGGCGGCGGCGACGGGGGCGGUCACGGUGGCCGCGGCCGCCGCCAUCCCGAUAGCGCUGCCCGUGGGCUCGCCGGUGUACUCCGGCGAGGAGCAGGUGCUGUCGUCGAGCUCGUCCCCGGAGCCCCCGCCGCUGCAGCCGCAGGCGCCGUCCGGGUCGGGCUCCGGCGGGACGGCGGCCUCCGGCGGCGGCGACGUGGGCGAGGAGAACGACCGCCUGCGCCGCGAGAACGCGCGCCUCGCGCGGGAGCUCGGCCAGAUGAAGAAGCUCUGCAACAACAUCCUCCUCCUCAUGUCCAAGUACGCCGCCACCCAGCAGCUCGACACCGCCGCGCAGCAGGUCGAGGCCGCCAAGGCCGCGGCGGCCGCGGCAGGGAACUGCUCCGGCGAGUCGUCGGAGGCCGCCGCCACGCCCCCGCUGCUGCCGUCGGUCCUCGAGCUCCUCCCCUCGUGCCGCGGCGCCCCCGCGCCCGCGGCCGCCGAGCCGACCGAGGCGGCGGGGACGGAGCACGGCGACGACGACGGCAGCAAGGCCGGCGCGAGGCUGUUCGGCGUCUCCAUCGGGCGGAAGCGGGCGCGCGACGAGAGCUGCAACGGCGACGACGGCGGCGUGGAGGACCCCGUGAGCCGCGGCGCGGCGGAGGUGAAGGCGGAGCCGGUGGACGCGCCGCCCGACCACCACCACCACCAGCAGCAGGAGUUCAAGGAUCACGCGACGGAGCCGCCGCAGGCGUGGCCCAUCUACCGGCCCAGGCCCGUGUACCACCCGCUCCGAGCCUGCAACGGGUCGGCGGGCAGCGCCGGGAGCGACCACGACGGGUCCAACUCCAGGUGACGCGACGCGGCCUCGUCGCCAUCGCUCGCUCUCAGUAAAUUACAAAUGCUGCCAAGUACUGUGAUGGAUGCAACAGCAGGUAGAAGUAAACACAAGGAGGAGAGCUCUAAUCAGCUGGAGAUUUUAUUGACCCCAUGUAAAACUCAAGUGCUUCUGUAGCAGUGACAACCUCUUGCUAGUUCUCUUCAUACUACUGUAGCACAUCCUCUGUCUAUAGCAGAGAGAGCCAUAAAACUACUAGCUUACCAUGUGAAUUACUCCCUCCGUACAUCUAGCGUUGUUCACACGAUCAAUGAACAUGUAAAACGACUGCAUGUGUUCAUGCAACAGUAUUAUUCAAAUGUGCAAUGAUCCAUUGAAUAU